AACUAGUUCCCUUUCCAGUUUAGUGACAGAAAAUUACAAAAAUUUGAGCUUUUCUUUUGGCUUUUGGGUCCUGAUUUGUGAAUCGACCGAGGAAAAGCCGAUCGUCAACGAUGGGAUUAGGCGUUAUAAUCGGAGUCUUUGGAGUUCUAAUCCUCUCCCACGCAGCUUAUUCCACAAUUCAGUAUAGGGGAUUGUUGAAGAUUAUGGAGGAGGAGUUUUCAGGUCCUCCUAUGAAUGUCGUUUUAGAGUUGCUUCUAGGGUUUGUUUUCUGUAUUUGGGCUGCCCUAACCGUGCCUGGGAAGUUUCUUUCGAUACAUCCUGAUUCCGAGGAGAAUAGGAUUGUUUCUUUAUCAGCAAACUUGGACUUCAUGAUCUUCAAUCACAGAGCCAAAGCAUUUCCUUUAGAAAUUGAUAUGAAGCUGAAGCAUUAAGACUGAUGGAGCUUCAUUGUGUUUUGAUUAAAGGGAGUGUUGAAUUAAAAAAGUAGAGGGCCUAGGUGUCAGGUGUACUGCCUUCCGUUGUAGGUUUUUUUUUCUGAGGUGUUAGUGAUUUUUCAAAUCAACACUUAUUUUUGGCCUUCUUGCUUGCUUUUAUAUUAUUUUGCCUGAUCGGCUGAACGUUAGUGAUUUCAAAUUAUUGCCAUACAGGCUGGCAAUUCAAGACAUUCCUCUUCUUAA